AUGGAUUUGAGCCAGUGUGAGCAUUUUAGGAAGCAAGCCCCACCUAGUUUUGAAGGGAAAGCUGACCCUAUGGUAGUAAAAUUUUGGUUGAAGUCUGUAGAAUCUUUCUUUGAUCACAUGGAGUUGAACGAUCAUCAAAGGACAGACUUUGUUCAAUCAUUUGGCAAGAAGUACUUCAUUGCAACUGUAUUGGCAACCAGAGUGGACGAGUUUGUGACUUUGGUUCAAGGGAGCCUUUCUAUUACCGACUACGCAAUGAAGUUUGACAGGUUGGCUAGGUUUGUAUCUGAAAUCGAACCAACUGAUGCCAUGGGGGUCCAAAGUUUUAUGAAGGGACUUAAGCCAAUGAUUGCUAGAGAUGCCAAGAUGACCAGUGCUGAGGUGGUUAGUUAUGCUGAGGUUUUGAAGGCACUUGAAGUAGAGUACUUGGAGGACAGUAUAUGGAAGGAUAGUGUUGCAAGAAGGGAGGCCAAUGGAAACAAAGGCUUCCAUGAGGUCAAUAAGAGGAAGGCCUAUGAAGGGCAGAGUAGUGGCAAUGACAAGAAGCCUAGACCCCUGACCACAAAUGGAAAUAAUCACAACAAUCAUAACAACCACAACAACUAUAACAGUCACAACAAUGAUCGUAACCGUGGAAAUCACCAAGACAACAAAGUUGAGCACCCCAUCUACCCUAAAUCCUCGCGAUGA